AUGGAUCCUUUGUUUAAUUCUUGUAGGUGUGGGCCGUGCCACGCUAUUGCCCCUACGUUCGAAGAUCUUUCAAGAACAUACAAGAACAUCAAUUUCCUCAAGUGCGACGUGGAUGCUGCGAAGGACGCAGCGUCUGCAUACCGGGUGGGCCGACAUUCAUUCAUCUUUCUCAGAGGUACGGAGAAAAUCGACAAAGUUCCGCCGUUGGAGAAUGCGAUUCGGAGGCAUUCAACUGGUUCUUCGGGUUCUGCUUCAGGAGCUUUCUCUGGGACAGGUCAUACCCUUGGCGGAGGUCCGGCGAAUUCCUCCUCCAAGGCCAACGAUGGCGGUCCGCAGGUGGCGGGACUCGGACCUGAUCGUCAAACCAAGGUGUUCCUUGCUUUGAUAGCGACGUAUAUUUUCUUCUGGUAUCUCAGUUCUUAG